AUCAGAGCGGGGACGCGGCACGCGUUAUUCUGUAAAUGAAUAAUACGAUUAUCUUGUAGCGGAGCAGGUAUAACGCCGAGCCACGAUGCUUUCUGCAGCCCAGUUGCUGGAUGAGUUAAUGGGCCGGGAUCGGAACUUGGCUCCGGAUGAGAAGCGAUGUAAUGUCCGAUGGGAUGAUGAGUCUGUCUGCAAAUAUUACCUGUGCGGCUUCUGUCCUGCUGAACUGUUCACAAACACGCGCUCAGACUUGGGCCCUUGUGAAAAAAUCCACGAUGAAAACUUAAGGAAGCUGUAUGAGAAGAGCUCGCGCUUCAUGAAGGAAGGAUACGAGCGGGAUUUCCUGCGGUACCUGCAGAGUCUCCUGGCUGAGGUGGAGCGCAGGAUUCGCAGGGGUCAUGCUCGCCUGGCCCUGUCCCAAGCCCAGCAGAACUCUGGAACGCCGGGUCCAUCUGGGAAGAAUGAGGAGAAAGCUCAGGUCCUCACAGAGAAGAUUGAGGAGCUCGUUGUUCAGAUCGAGGAGCUGGGCUCGGAGGGUCGUGUCGAGGAGGCGCAGGGCAUGAUGAAGCUAGUGGAGCAGCUGAAGGAGGAGCGUGAGGAGCUCAGUUCCACUCAUUCAACGAUCGAGAGCUUUGCGGCUCAGGAGAAGCAGAUGGAGGUGUGUGAAGUGUGUGGCGCUUUCCUCAUUGUGGGCGACGCUCAGUCCAGAGUGGACGAUCAUCUAAUGGGCAAACAGCACAUGGGCUAUGCCAAAAUUAAAUCCACAGUCGAGGAACUGAAGGAAAAGCUGCGUCGGCGCUCUGAGGACCCGGAGAAAGAGGAUCAAGGCAAGAAGGUAAAAGAUGACCGAGAGCGUGAAAGAGAGGAACGAGAGAAGAGACGCAAGGAGGAGGAGGAGAAGGAGAAGGAGAAAGAGCGAGAGAAGGAGAGAGAGCGGGAGCGAGAGAAGGAGAGGGAGAGAGAGCGCGAGCGGGAGAGAGAUCGGGACAGAGACCGGGAUCGGGAGAGAGAUCGAGACCGGCGCAGCAGGAGGAGUCACUCCAACAGCAGACACUCCAGCCGGACGUCAGACCGCCGCAGGAGCCGCUCCAGAGACAGGAGGAGGUCCAGGAGUAAAGAGAGAGAGCGCAAGCGCAGCAGGAGUCGUGACCGUGAAAGGAGGCGCAGUCGGGAUCGAUCGGACCGGAAGCGUCGCUCUCGCAGCCGGGACAGGAGGAGAUCCCGCAGCUCUGAGCGCAAGAGCCACCGGCACCGUAGCCGCAGCAGAGACAGAGAUCGGGACAGAGACAAGGACAAAUCCUCCAAGGACAAAGACCACAAGGACUCCUCGGAUGAGAAAAGGAGCAGCCGAAAGGGCUCUGUAGAGAAGUGUAAUGAGCUCUCCAAGCCCGAGCCCAUGGAGGCCGAGCCUCCCAAAGCAGAGGUGAACGGCACGGUUCAAGAGCUACAUUCUGAAGGUGACACACAGUCCAAUUAAAACUGAUCUGAUAGGACCUCAGAUCAGCCCCAGGAGGAGUUUGAACAGCUGCCAGAGGAAGACCUGAAGACCUCCAUCCCACAACUUCACUGCGCUGCUUUAAAACAAGGUGAACCACAGAUGUAGUGGCCUAUAUGAUAAACGUGUACAUGUCAAAAGAAUGGUUCCGUAGCCCCCUUUUGAGGACCUCUCGUCUUCUUUUAUUGCGUUUGUUUUGGUUUUCUUUGGUCUUACUGCGUAGAUGCACAUGCAGGUCCAUUAUUUCUGUUGGUAUGCAUUCAGAAUGAAUAAAACAUUUACUUGUGGCAUGUUUGCUCUGUACAGUUCGCUCUCACUUGGAAGUUUUUGACGAUGGGUUUUUGUUUGUUCAGUAUUUUCGACUGGAAGCCUUAAAGGUCUUUCAUAACUGCUUUAUCACUUUUUUUUUUUUUUUUGCCCUCUGUAUGCUCAAUCCCAAAAUCUUUAUACGAUUUUAGUUUAGACUAAGUGUUUUCAUUUUGUUCCAGUUUUAAAAUCUGUAUUUGUCAUGAAUAAAAACCAAGAAAAAUGAAA